UCGUGUUCGUAUAGUUUUCACUUAGGCGCAAAAUAAAGAUAAGCAAACACUUUGUUAGUUGGAACGUCUUUUACUAAUAGGCAGGAAGAGGAGUUUUCCUACGCACACAUAGCCAUGUCGAAAGACCACGCGAUACGAGACCCUCCUCCGAGCUACAACGAGGCCGUGUUCGGGGUCCCCGACGCUUCGAACGGCUUCCUGCCCUCCUCGCCGCCCGCCGAGGAGUCCUACAACUUCCAGCCUGCGCCCCCGCCGGCCCUCCCCCCAACCCGCUACGUCAGCGUCAGGCCCGAACCUUCGUAUCCCCCGGACCUGAGUCCUCUGCUCGGGUGCCAGAUGCUGACAGUGGGCAGCAAGAUGGGUUAUCUUAGCUACAAGAUAAAGGACAUGGCGGGCCUACACGUUUUCACUGCCAAGGGUAGCGUCGAAGGAGACAUUUGCAAUUGCUGUGACCCCAGUGCAAGAUGGGUAGAGUUCGAUAUCAGAAACCUUAACAAAGUUCCCUUGGCUCAUUUCAAGGUCGUCAUGGAUGAAAUAGGAUGCUGCUCUUUCCCAAAAAUGCAUUUGGAUGUUUCAUACGUCCCAAACAUCAAAAUCGGCGAGGUGAGGGUGCGGGGGAAGUUCGCCUAUGACGUCACUAACAACGGAGGUGACGUCAUACUGACAGUCGAGGGUGACGUCGGAUGCUGCGAAAUUUUGCCGUAUAAGAUCUGCACUCCCUAUGGCACUCAGGUUGGCGCCAUCGAACGGGUAGACAGAAUCAAAAACAGGUUAAUCUUCCCUAUGGAUAUGGACAUGCGAGUUAAAGUCCAGCUUCUGGCGACGACUGUUUUCAUCCAAUAUUUAGAUGAAAGAAGACGAAAGAAAUAACAAGAAGACGAUUCAGUGCUGGCUCUCGUCGAUCACACUCUCUUCCUAGCUUUCUGUUCUCUCUCUUUCUCUAUCUCUCUCUCUCUUGUUAAACGUGACCGCCACGAAGCCCAUGGUUGGAUUAAUGAACGCAAACUCCUGGAAGACAGGCGAAAAGUUCCCGCCAACUCCCUUCUUCCACUCGACAAUCUUUGCUUCCAGAGGUGAUAAGUUCCAAAUGCCCGGACCGCUACCAUUCAAGAACCAGAGUUCAAGAGCUCACAUACAGAUAUCGCUCUGUAAGUGCAAUGCGUCUACCUGGGUGCACCUGUUCGAAUUAUACUUGCCCAAUAGUGUCUUCAUCCCAUCGCGUGAGACCUACUAGAUUGCCUGCAACAGUACCUGAUGUACUAGCAGUGACUAGAACCUUGAACAUUUUUUAUAACGCUGCGACUGCGCAACUACCAUUCUUCUGCUCUUAUUUAACUUUCUUAGAUAUCUUUAGAACACCUUGCUUUUAAAUAUAUAUCUAAAGCAAAAUAGUGAGAUAUAUCCUUGGCUUUUCUGUCUUCAUAAGGAUAGCAUCCUUCCCUUGUUGAGAGAAUAUGUUCAUCAAGUGCCUUCAUUCUCUCCAUUAUGUUUCCCAUCCUUCUUACGUUGUUUUAUGUAUUCUGGUCUUUUUUCACUGUUAAUGGCUGCACUCUCAUCGAUUCAGUUUCCUUUAUAUUCAGAGAUUAAAUAUAUGUGUACCUUUAGCGGAUAUUGAUUCACAGCCGUAGAUGGGAGUGUAGUCAUUCUUUAUGUUCUUAACCAAUGCUGAUCCGCCCGUGGAAGAAUGAACAGGUAGUAGACUGCUGAGUUUGUCAAGCUAAACCUGUUGCAUACUAUUCAUAUUUUCCUUCAUAGGAUAUUGAAUAAGGUUGUUAUCAGUGACUCUUAUGUUCAUCUCAGAAGUCUGUUGCUUCUCCCCUAUUCGACAAAAGGGUCAAUCAGCUUUAGCUCAAGGGAAAUCCCUAACACUGAACUACUUGUGAAUUACUUUUGAUAUCGGACUAACAGCUAAUAAUGAUAGGCUAGCACUACCUGAUGUUGGUACUUCCUCGCUUUUCUACCACAGAACGACGAUACACUCGGCCGCAUUUCUGCCCAAACCAUCCCAGGAAUAACGCAGGAGUUCAGUUUAUCCAUCUCAUACUAUGAUCAUUUACCUUGUAUAACUCACAACUAUCACUAACACGGACUUGGUAUUCGUUUGGCAUUUUGUAGUUAUUUUUGUACAGCUGAAUUUCGGGUACAGGCCAGUCUAUGAGGGUUUCAAGGCAGGGAUGUGCUUUGCUUCCGUAAAACAACAUGAUUGCCUUGAGUACUCCUCUAUCAAAGAGUUUCAUUAAUUGGUGUUACCAACGGUCCUCUUCCAGGUCUGUCGUUCCUAGGGCGUAAUAAAUUGGUCAAAAGUAAAUCUCUCUCUCUCUCUCUCUCUCUCUCUCUCUCUCUCUCUCUCUCUCUCUCUCUCUCUCUCUCUCUCUCUCUCUCUCUCUCUCUCUCUCUCUCUCUCUCUCUCUCAUCCUUCUUUCUUUUAGGUAUAGACAUCUGUUUUAUGAUAUAUCUAGAUUAUUUUAGGUAUACAUGUUAUAUAACUCGUUUAAAAAAAAUAUAUAUGGUAUAUAUCAACCAUAGUUGUUUUUUGUCCAUACUGAUAUGCUGAGAUUCGACGAAACAAUGUAGUUCGAUACUGGAACUGUUAUUAGUCUAAGUGACCCCAAUAAAGGAAUUUUGUAU